CUUCCGGACCGCAGUUUCCUGCACCUCUAUGUUUAUCUGCUCUCAACUAUUAGGAACGGAGGAGCCUGUCGGUUCCGCUCAUCAAAAUGACUCUCCACACGUAACCACCGCAAGCUAAUGUCGUCUUCUAUGUGGUCACUUGGGGAUUAGGACCAAACCAUUGCAUUGACCCUGCCAAAAGAGCGAUCAUAAUGUGCGCGUGUCCGGAGCCGCUGUCUGCGGUCCAGCUCAAGCGCCUGGAGGAACACAAGUACAGCGCGGCCGGUCGCUCUCUCUUCGAGCCGCCCUGCCAGAUAUACUGGAACUGGCUGGUCCAGCAGAUCCCGACAUGGGUCGCGCCGAACACGCUGACCAUCAUUGGACUCCUCAUUAAUAUCUUAACGACGGUCAUUCUCGUGUAUUACAGCCCCACGGCCACGGAGGAGGCUCCAGGUUGGGCCUUUAUUCUCAGCGCCUUAGGUCUCUUCAUCUACCAAUCGCUGGACGCCAUUGAUGGAAAGCAGGCCAGACGGACCAAUAGCAGCUCAGCUCUUGGGGAGCUCUUCGACCAUGGCUGUGACGCAGUUUCAACAGUGUUUGUUGCCGUGGGAACGUGUAUAUCCUGUGGGAUCGGCGCUCACCCUAACUGGAUGUUUUUUUGUGGCUUUGUGGGCAUGUUCAUGUUUUUCUGCGCGCACUGGCAGACGUACGUGUCUGGAACACUCCGCUUCGGAUUGGUUGACGUGACAGAGGUCCAGAUUGCUAUUGUGAUCAUGUAUAUCAUGACAGCAUUUGGAGGUGUGAGUCUUUGGGAGACUAGGUUACCUGUUCUUGGUGUGAAUUUGCAAACCUUUCCAAUUCUUGGCAUCAUCGGCGGGUUCCUGUAUUCAACCUAUAACUACUUCUACAUCAUCCUGAAUGGUGGCGUGGGCAAGAACGGCUCAACCGUUGCAGACACAAGUGUGUUGUCUCCUGGUCUACACAUCGGUCUCAUCCUCACUCUGGCCUUCAUCAUCUUUAAAAAGUCCUCCAGUCAGCUUUUCGAGCACCACCCUUGCCUUUAUGUUCUUACAUUUGGCAUGGUGAUCGCCAAGAUCUCAAAUAAGCUGGUGGUGGCCCACAUGACCAAGAGUGAGCUUCAUCUUCAGGACACAGCCUUCAUUGGUCCUGGACUCCUCUUCCUAAAUCAGUAUUUCAACAGCUUUAUUGAUGAACACAUCGUACUUUGGAUCGCCAUGGUGCUGUCCCUGGUGGAUCUGGUGCGUUACUGCAUGGGCCUAUGCCUGCAAAUCGCCUCCCACCUACGAAUCCGGGUUUUCAGCAUCACCCCACAGGGCCACACCCACAGAGACUGACAAUUUGCCCGGCGGGAGGAGAAAGCGGGAUGUAAGAAUGAAGACGUCGUCCCGCUUCUCAAGCUAGAGCAGGAGAACCCCACAAACCAAAACCGCAACGGCCUUGACAGUGUGACCACCACAAACUAACAGAACUGAAUGUUUUGCCAGGUUUGACCAGACCAUCUUGAGUAAGAACAGCUCGUAUUGUUUUUCCACACUAAUGUACACUAGAAUAUCUCACUGGAUCAAAAGAAAAAGUUUAGACACAACGAAAUGUACAAAACAUGGCCUCAGGGCCAGAGCUUCACUGAGCCAAGUUCAAGUUUUCUGUUGCCUUGAAAUGGUUCAUUCUGUGCUGGAACGAACUAUAGAUUAUUAUUAUUUCAAAGGAUACGUUGGAAAUUGUUGGGAAAUCAAAUAAUCAUUCACUUAAGAUGAAUUGGCCAAAAAGUUUACAUGGCCUAAAUAUUUCUAAUCCAAAGCAUUUGGUCA